UGUUAAAUAGUUGCAUUUUGCUGAAACUAUCCAGGGUUGAUUGAUAAAUUCGGUGCAGUGAUACUUAAUCACGUCAGCGCUCUCAAAGUGAUCUAAAAAGUCUUCAGGCAACACUCAGAGUUUGACUGCGAUUGAAGUGAGGCUUAUGUUCUCCUUUGCGAUAAAAUAAGAAGCCUCCUCAAUGACCCUGGGUUUGCUGGACUAGGUCACCGUGUGAGUUUCAGCCUGUUUGGUGGUGUCUUCUGCCACUAAAGAAGAGGGUUCCAGUCAUGAUGACUGGGACCCAAGGUCCAAGGAGGGAGCAGCCUAAUGCAGAGGUCAACAUGGCUGGACCAGGAGAGCAGCAGCCCGACCAGACCACGGCCCACCUGAGGUGUUUUGGUUGGAGGCCAGCCGUACCGUUCCGUCAGCGGCUCUUUCAGUUGGUCUUUAGUACUGGGUUAAACUGCAUCUCUAUCCUGAUCAUCCUUAUCAACUGCAUCAUUCAAGGAAAUUUUCAGCCCUGCAUAGAGGACCACCUGCUGCAGGAUAUUUUGGUAUGCUUUGUCUUUGUCUACUUCCUGGUGGAGAUGCUGAUCAAAGUGACGGCCCUGGGCCUGACGGUCUACCUCCAACACAACUGGCACAAGUUUGACGUCUUCAUUCUCUGUGGAGAGCUCCUGGAUUUCUCUCUGAAGGCGUUGGGGUUCCACAUGGAGAUCUGCUACGUGCUCACCCCAUUGCGACUGUUCAGCAGGGUAGACGAGAUGCGGAAACUGGUGUCCAUGCUCCUGGGCAUCCUGCCCAUGCUGGGAAACGUCCUCAUCCUCUAUGCCUUCGUCGUCUACAUCUUCGGCCUGGUGGGGGUCCAGCUGUGGGCGGGGGACCUGCGCUACAGAUGCUUCCUGGGAGAGGACAUUGCAACGCUGUAUAACAGAAGCCUGAGUCCGUACUAUGUGUCCUUGCCUGGCGAAAGAGCUCCUUUCAUCUGUUCUGUCGAGAAGACUGGCAUGCGGCACUGCUGGGACAUACCUCCUCUCCAUGAAAACGGGAACACCUGUUUGCUGGCUGCUCCCCAGCAGAAUCCGACAGGUCCCCUCGGGGCCAAUGUUAGCGGCUGUGUUAACUGGAAUGCAUACUACAAUGUGUGUCUUUCCGAUGGACAAAACCCAAACUUGGGCUCCAUCAAUUUUGACAACAUCGGCUACGCCUGGAUUGCCGUUUUCCAGGCUGUUUCUCUGGAAGGCUGGACAGACAUUAUGUACUAUGUGAUGGACUCAUACUCCUACUGGAGUUGUAUCUAUUUCAUCAUCCUCACGAUUCUUGGCUCCUUCAUCGUAAUGAACACGUGUGCAGUCGUUAUCGCCACCCACUACUCAGAGGCCACGGAGGACGAUGCUGGAGAGCCGCUCCCCGGUACUCUGAGUCUCAACAUGGUCUGGACCACGCUGAGAAACUGGCUUGUGCAGCUCUACAGCAGUUUGUGCAACAAGUGGAGUUCCAGUGACAGCCGGAGCAGUGCAACCCCGUCCAAGAUUCCAUGCUGGCAGCCAUUCCAGAAAAAGCUGGAGGUGAUAGUGACAGGCCAAAUAUUCAACAGAGUAAUCAUGGCUGCCAUUUUCCUGAACAUCCUCUGCAUGGCUGUGGAGCACCAUAACCAGCCUCUCCUGAUGACCAUGGCAUUGCAGAUCUGUAACACUGUCUUCGCUGCUCUCUUUGUCCUGGAGAUGAUUCUCAAACAGCUCGCCUUCAGGUGGGCUUACUUCGAGGACUGGAGCAACGUGUUUGACUUUGCCAUCGUCAUUAUCAGUUUGUGGGAACUCGGAGCCCAAUCUGACAGCAAGCUAUCGGUGAUUCGUGCGUUUCGAGCGCUGCGGUUAGGGAAGCUGGUGCACUUUCUGCCCUACCUGCAGAGACAACUGCUGGUGCUGAAGAGGACCAUGGUGGAGGCGGCCAUGCUCUGCUGGCUGCUGUUCUUUGGGAUCUAUCUCUUCGGCAUCUUGGGAAUGCAUCUGUUUGGUUGCAAGAUUGAGAGCUCAGGUCCAGAUUUCAGCUCCAACAUCGACGACAUGGUUGAUAACAGGAAGAAUUUCGACACGCUCCUCUGGUCCAUGGUCACGGUGUUCCAGGUUUUGACUCAAGAGGACUGGAAUUUUGUCCUGUACAACACGAUGGCAUCUAUCUCUGCCUGGGCUACUGUCUACUUUGUUGCGGUCAUUAUUCUGGGAAAGAACGUGCUCCUCAACAUCCUGGUGGGCAUUGUUGUGGAGAGCUUCCAGAACCAGCCAGAAGAAGUCUUCCCACCUCCAGAAUCUGGUUCUGCCACGUUGAACCCUGAUGAUCCUUCAGGUACCAGCCUGGGUCCUUCAAACUCUGAGUCCAGCUCUGGUCAGAUGCAGUCAAUUCAGGUGGAGGAAGCCGCCGUAACACAGAUGGACCAGGACCAUGGAUCUAUGGGCUGGAUGAGGAAGAUGCAGCGCUGGUGCAAAGACCAUGAAGAUUGGUCCCUCUAUUUGCUGUCUCCACAGAACUGGUGGCGUCGAUUUUGCACAAAGGUUGUCUCCCAUAAGAAUUUCGACAUGAUAAUCCAAAUCUUUAUCAUGAUUAACUGCGUCACCAUCGCCUGGGAGAGACCUUCCAUCCAGCCAGACAGCAUGGAACGUCGACACUUGGAUCUGAUCUCUCAUGUCCUCUCUGUCAUCUUUCUGUUGGAAAUGCUUAUCAAGAUCUCAGCGCUUGGGCUGGUGUUUGGGAAGGGGAGCUACUGCCACAGUCUUUGGAACAUCAUAGAUGGCUUGUUGGUGAUCACAUCUUUAGCUGACAUCUGCGUGGAGCUCAUGUCAUCUGGAACAAACAGCUCUCUGGACAUCCUCAAAAUCCUGCGCCUGCUGCGUACGUUCCGUCCCCUCAGGAUGGUCAAACGAACACCCAAACUGAAGCUGGCUGUGGAGGCUCUGCUGGCAUCUGUUAAACCCAUGGGGAACAUUAUUCUCAUUUGUGGCAUUUUCAUCUUCUUCUACAGCCUCCUCGGGUUGCAGCUGUUUAAAGGGAAGUUCUUCCACUGUGUGGGUGGGAACAUAACCAGAGUCCUCAACAAGUCUGACUGUCUGGAUGCCAACUACCAGUGGGUUAAAAAGGAGUACAACUUUGACAACCUGAUUCAGGCCGCCAUAUCUGUGUUUGUGAUGUAUUCCAAGGAUGGCUGGGUUAACCUGAUGUAUGACGGGCUGGACGCAGUGGGAGUUGACCAACAGCCGCAGCCCAACUACAACCUCUGGAUGCUGCUCUACUUCAUCUCCUUCAUCCUGAUGAGCUUCCUUCUGCUGGACAUGUUCAUCGGGGUGAUGGUGGACACCUUUCACAAAUGUCAGCGGGAGCAGAGAACAGUCAAAGAAAUCGAGACUGAUACAGAAAGUGAGCAUGAGGAGGUGACGUAUUUCCUCAACUAUUCCUGGUUACGUCUCAAAAUCCUCAACCUCUGCAGAAAUGAGUCUAUGGAGUGCUUCAUAACGGCCAUCAUCAUUGUCAGCUUGCUGCUGAUGGGUGUAGAGCACUAUGAACAGCCUGAGUCUGUGCGACAGUUUUUAGAGUGGGUCUUCUACGUCAUCACCUUCGUGCUGGUCCUUGAAGUUGUGCUGAAGAUCAUCGCUUUUGGCCUAGUGAGGUUCCUGAAAGUCGGAUGGAACGUGUUGGACGUCUUUAUUGUCCUGAUUUCUGUCAUCAGCGUCGUUUUGAGCCAGUUCAAAAUCUCUGACAACAUGCCCAUCAAACCCAGCAUCUUCCGCGUGAUGAGAGUCCUCAGACUUGCACAAGUUCUCAAGACCACCAAGAUGAAGGUUUUGCUUAAAACCAUCACCAGAACCUUGUACCAGGUUGGAAACCUUGGCCUCCUGUUCAUGUUUUUCUUCUUAAUCUACGCUGCGCUCGGAGUGGAGCUCUUUGGAAAGUUAGAAUGCUCUGAAGACUUUCCGUGCCUUGGCCUGCACCGCCACACUAACUUUGAAAACUUCGGGGUGGCCCUGCUGACGCUGUACAAAGUUAGCACUGGAGACAACUGGAGCGGCAUCCUUAAAGACACCAUGAGGGAGUGCCGGGUCGGCGACAGUAACUGUCCCAGCUACCUGUUCUGGGCCUCUCCCAUCUUCUUCACCACAUUUGUCAUCACUGUCCAGUUUGUGCUUGUAAACCUGGUGGUGGCAGCAAUCAUGCAGGCGCUGGAGGACAGCACAGAGGAGGUCAAAAACGAUCGGCUGAGACUAGUCCCUCCCGUUAUUGUUCAACAUCAGCCGAUCCAGGUCAACUCAGAGGAGAGUGGAUAACUCCGGACAAGCACACAGUUUUUUCUUCUAAAACUUCAAUAAAGUUUAU